AUGAUCCUUGAAACAAUAGACAAAUUUUCAGCAAUGGAAGCACUCCCCAAUUUUGCCUCUCUUAUUGGUAUUAGGAACCAAUUAAUGUGGGAAGAAAUUUCAACAUAUUUAUAUCUUCUUGUUGCUGCAAUGAUAAAAGGAAAUCAUUCAAACUGCGCUCAAUUCGCUGCACUUCUUCGACUUGAUUGGCUUUUUGGUAGAUUGGGAGACAGAAAUCCUAAUUUUCGUUUUAUACUUGUUCUUAACGUCGUCGGGGAGGUUGUCAGCAAAAUAGCAGUUGUUUUUGCAAUUGUUGUUGGCACUGUUGUUGUUUUUUUAUUUGUUUGUGUAUCGAGUUUGAUCCAGACAAUUUCGUCCCAUCUUUUGAAUAAAUAUUGA